AAGGAUUUGACGGACGGCUCUUUGGACCAAUCAACGAAGAGAAUGGGCGUUGCUCUCUACUAUGGGAUUAGGUCGGCCGGUGUUGUCCGCCGCCUUGCUUGGUAACACGCGCCGCCGUUUUACCUCAAGCGGAUCCGAGUGGAGGGAGGCUUGGGCUGCAGGCCAGGGGGAGCGAGAGGACCGGAUUUGCAGCGAACGAUGAAGAUCGAGGAGGUCAAGAGCACCACCAAGACCCAGCGGAUCGCCAGCCACAGCCAUGUGAAGGGGCUGGGCCUGGACGAGAGCGGCCUGGCCAAGGUGGCGGCCGCCGGGCUGGUGGGCCAGGAGAACGCCAGGGAGGCUUGUGGAAUUAUAGUGGAGCUGAUUAAAAGUAAGAAAAUGGCUGGCAGGGCUGUUUUGUUGGCUGGACCUCCAGGAACUGGCAAGACAGCCUUAGCUCUGGCCAUUGCACAGGAGCUGGGAAACAAAGUCCCAUUUUGUCCCAUGGUGGGAAGCGAAGUCUAUUCAUCUGAAAUCAAGAAAACUGAAGUAUUAAUGGAAAACUUUAGACGAGCAAUUGGCCUAAGGAUAAAAGAGACAAAGGAGGUUUAUGAAGGCGAGGUCACAGAACUGACCCCUUGUGAGACGGAGAAUCCCAUGGGUGGUUAUGGAAAGACAGUCAGCCAUGUUAUCAUUGGGCUAAAGACAGCAAAAGGCACUAAGCAACUGAAGCUCGAUCCUAGUAUCUAUGAGAGCCUGCAGAAGGAGCGUGUUGAAGUUGGAGAUGUGAUAUACAUUGAAGCAAACAGCGGGGCUGUAAAGAGGCAGGGCAGGUGUGAUACAUACGCUACGGAAUUUGACCUUGAAGCUGAAGAGUACGUCCCUCUGCCAAAGGGCGAUGUCCACAAGAAGAAAGAGAUCAUACAAGACGUAACUUUGCACGAUCUAGAUGUAGCAAACGCAAGACCACAGGGUGGUCAGGACAUCCUAUCCAUGAUGGGUCAGCUAAUGAAACCAAAGAAGACUGAAAUCACAGACAAAUUACGAGGCGAGAUUAACAAAGUUGUUAACAAGUACAUCGAUCAAGGCAUCGCUGAGCUGGUUCCAGGGGUUCUCUUCAUCGAUGAAGUUCCAAUGCUCGACAUCGAGUGCUUCACUUAUCUACACCGAGCUCUUGAGUCUAGCAUUGCCCCCAUUGUCAUUUUUGCUACGAAUCGAGGAAACUGUGUUGUCCGGGGUACAGAGGAUAUUGUGUCACCUCAUGGAAUUCCACUUGACCUUUUGGACCGAGUCAUGAUCAUCAGGACAAUGCUGUAUACUCCAGAUGAGAUGAUGCAGAUAAUCAAGAUUCGAGCACAGACAGAAGGCAUCAGCAUCAGUGAGGAUGCCUUGCUACACCUGGGAGAAAUCGGCACUAAGACAACACUGCGGUACUCUGUGCAGCUGCUGACCCCUGCAAACCUGCUGGCAAAGAUCAAUGGGAAAGAUAGCAUCGAGAAGGAGCAUGUGGAGGAGAUCAAUGAACUGUUCUAUGACGCCAAGUCGUCUGCUAAAGUUCUUGCUGAACACCAAGAAAAGUACAUGAAAUGAGAAGCUCGUCACUGAGCCAACAAUGUAAAACUGUGAAUGUUGGGAAUCUGAAAUAAACCAGGAAACCGCAAUGGAAAUACACGGGGUUCACUAACACCUGAAGAACGGAAACAUGGUAACAUUUGGGACAGGGAGUGGCUGUCAAAACGUAUUGUUAAAGAUAAAGUAACAUUUAUUUACUCAUUAAAUAAACAUUUUUUUGAAAAA